AUGGGUUGCACUGCAAGCAUUAUCCUGUUUGAGGGCUUAAGGAACCUUCUGGAGAGGAACUGUAGUUAUGUUUAUAAGGCUGCGAUUGAGCCUGCUGAAGAAGAAGAGGAGUCAGAGACACACAGCCAGAGAGAGUCACUGGCAUGGACACCAGCCACUGCACUGGUGAAGCCAAAGAUCAUCGAACCGUUGGACUACGAGAAUGUCCUGGUCCAGAGGAAGACUCAGGUACUCAGCGACGUCCUCCGGGACAUGCUGCAUUUCCCCCCGGAUGAUUUUCAGAUCUCCACUCUGAGGAGGCAGGGCAGGACUUUGUACCCGACCGUACCUGAGGGAGCGGAGAAACAGGCCACCAGUCUAUUCGUCCAAGAGUGCAUCAAGACUUACAAUUCGGAUUGGCACAUCGUUAAUUACAAGUAUGAGGAUUAUUCCGGAGACUUCCGACAGCUCCCGAACAGAGUCCCUCGGCCGGAGAAGUUGGCCACUCACGUGUUCGAGGUGGACGAAGACGCCGACAAAGAUGAGGAUACGGCGUCUCUGGGCUCUCAGAGAGGGGGUGUGGCCAAACACGGUUGGCUGUACAAGGGAAACAUGAACAGUGCCAUCAGUGUCACCAUGAGGUCCUUUAAGAGGAGGUAUUUCCACUUAACUCAGCUGGGAGAUGGCUCAUAUAAUCUCAACUUCUAUAAAGAUGAGAAGAUUUCUAAAGAGCCCAAAGGAACCAUCUUCUUAGACUCCUGCAUGGGCGUGGUCCAGAACAGCAAGGUGCGGCGUUUUGCCUUUGAGCUGAAGAUGCAGGAUAAGAGCACGUACCUGCUGGCGGCUGACAGUGAGGCCGAGAUGGAGGAGUGGAUCAGCACCCUGAACAAGAUUCUCCACAGCAGCUUCGAACUGGCCAUCCAGGAGAAGAGGAACGGAGACAUGCACGACGAUGAUGAGCUUGGAAAGGCAGACAUCUCAUCAGGCAAUUUCCAGGACAGCUUCCAGAGUGCCAGAGAUAUUGAGUGUAAAAUGAGGAGCGAGACCCGUUUGAAGCUGCUCACCCUUGACCCCGACACACAGAGGCUGGAUCUCUCAGGGAUCGAGCCAGACGUGAGACCGUUUGAGGAAAAAUUUGGGAAGCGGGUAUUGGUCAGUUGCCACGACCUGUCCUUCAACUUACAAAGCUGUGUGGCCGAAAACGAGGAGGGACCCACUACGAAUGUGGAGCCCUUCUUUGUGGUGCUUUCGCUGUUUGAUAUCCAGAACAGCAGGAAGAUCUCAGCAGACUUCCACGUGGAUCUGAACCACCCGUUGGUCCGUCACAUGAUCGCAGGACCCGGUCCUCAGCACCACAACGGAGGGGCCGUUGACCCUCCUUUAAACGGGAGGGGGCUCAACGGGCUGCCAGAGGGGGCGCUGCAGUACCCCAGACAGGGUGUGUUCUCUGUGACGUGCCCGCACCCUGACAUCUUCCUGGUGGCUCGAAUCGAGAAGGUUUUACAGGGUGGAAUCACACACUGCGCUGAGCCUUAUAUGAAGAACUCCGAUUCCACCAAGGUUGCGCAAAAAGUGCUGAAAAAUGCCAGGCUUGCCUGCAGCAGACUCGGCCAGUACAAAAUGCCCUUUGCUUGGGCAGCCAGGCCUGUGUUUAAAGACGCCUCCGGAACACUUGAUAAAGCCGCUCGGUUUUCAGCUCUGUACAGACAGGACAGUAACAAGCUCUCAGACGAAGACCUCUUCAAACUCCUGGCAGAUUUCAGGAGGCCCGAGAAGAUGACCAAGCUUCCUGUGAUCCUGGGUAAUCUUGAUGUGACCAUCGACAACGUUCCUCCUGAUGUACCGAAUUGUGUAACUUCCUCCUACAUCCCCGUGAAGCCAUUGGAGAGCGGGGGGAGGGACGGGGAGCUUUUGGAGGUGGAGGAGUUUGUGCCCUGUAUCGCUAAGUGUUCCCAGCCUUUCACCUUCUACAACAACCACCUCUACAUCUACCCCAAACACCUCAAAUAUGACAGCCAAAAGUCCUUCACUAAGGCCAGGAAUAUCGCCGUGUGCGUCGAGUUCAAAGAUUCAGACGAGGAAGACGCUGAGCCUCUAAAGUGUAUCUACGGCCGACCCGGUGGAGCCCUGUUCACAAAACAAGCCUACGCAGCGGUGUUGCAUCACCAGCAGAACCCAGAGUUCUACGACGAGAUUAAGAUUGAGCUUCCGGUACAGCUCCAUGAAAAACACCACCUCCUCUUCACCUUCUACCACAUCAGCUGUGACAGCAGUACCAAGAAGAGGGACGUGGUGGAGACUCCAGUGGGCUCAGCCUGGUUGCCCCUGUUGAGAGAUGGUAGGGUCAUUACCAAUGAGCAACACAUUGCCGUGGCAACGAACUUACCUGCUGGUUACCUCAGCUGUGUGGAAGGCGUCACUAAGCAUGGUGGACCAGAGGUGAAGUGGGUGGACGGGGGACGUCCUUUGUUCAGAGUGGCCACUCACCUGGUCUCCACUGUCUACACUCAGGAUCAGCACCUGCACAAUUUCUUCCAUCAUUUCCAGGCUAUGGGUUCUGGCUUGGCCCAGUCAGCAGAGAGUGAGUUAGUCAAAUACCUCAAGAGCCUUCAUGCCAUGGAAGGUCAUGUGAUGGUCAAUUUCCUGCCCACCGUCCUUAACCAGCUGACCAGCGUCUUGACCAGUGCCAGCCAUGAGGAGGUGGCCGUGAACGUGACCAGGGUUAUGGUUCACAUCGUGGCCCAGUGUCACGAAGAGGGUCUGGAGCAUUACCUUAGAUCCUACGUGAAGUAUGUGUUUAAAACAGAGCUGUAUUCAGACAGUACCAGUAAAACAGUCCACGAGGAGCUGGCCAAAGCCAUGACCGCUAUUCUGAAGCCGUCCACUGACUUCCUCACCAGCAACAAACUGCUCAAGUACUCCUGGUUCUUCUUCGAAGCUCUGGUCAAGUCUAUGGCUCAGCACUUGAUGGAAAGCGGCAAAAUUAAGCUGUCCAGAAACCAGCGUUUUCCAGCGACGUUCCACCACGCGGUGGAGACGCUCGUGAACAUGCUGAUGCCCCACAUCACUCAGAAAUACAAAGACAACCUGGACGCGGCCAGGAACGCCAAUCACAGCCUGGCCGUCUUCGUCAAGCGCUGUUUCACCUUCAUGGACAGAGGAUUCAUCUUCAAACAGAUUAAUAACUACAUCAACUGCUUCAUGCCCGGAGAUCCUAAGACGCUGUACGAGUUUAAAUUUGAGUUUCUGCGGGUGGUGUGUAACCACGAGCACUAUGUUCCUCUCAAUCUGCCCAUGCCCUUCGGAAAGGGCAGGAUCCAGAGGUUUCAAGACCUGCAGUUGGACUACUCCCUCACCGACGACUUCUGCAGGAAUCAUUUUCUGGUCGGCCUUUUGCUGAGGGAAGUGGGCGGGGCCUUGCAGGAGUUCGGCGAGAUCCGGCAAAUCGCCAUCCACGUGCUCAAGAGCCUGCUGAUCAAACACACGUUUGACGACCGUUACGCCUCGAAGAGUCAACAAGCUAGACUGGCCACCCUUUAUCUGCCUCUGUUCGGGCUCCUUCAGGAGAACGUCAACCGCCUCAAUGUUAAAGAGACUUCCCCUUUUACUGCCAACCAGAAUGGGAGAGAGGACUCCCUUGCUAAUCUUUCCUCAGCUGCAUCCCAGAAGCCCGCCGGCAGUCUAGACAACAGCCUCCAUAAAGAUGUGUUUGGAGUCAUCUCAGGCACGGCGUCACCUCACACCUCAACCCCCAACAUCAACUCUGUCCGUCAUGCCGAUUCCCGCGGCUCUUUGAUUAGCACGGACUCUCAGAACAGCCUUCCCGAGAAGAACAGCGAGAAGACAAGCUCCCUGGACAAGACACAGUCAGCCUCGGCCCUGGGCAGUUCUCUGCUGCGUUGUGACAAACUGGACAGAGACGAGAUCAAGAACCUUCUCAUGUGUUUCCUGCAUAUACUCAAGAGCAUGUCAGAGGAUGCAUUGUUUACCUAUUGGAACAAAGCCUCUCCCGCUGAUCUGAUGGAUUUCUUCACGCUAAUAGAGCUGUGUCUUCAUCAGUUUCGCUACAUGGGGAAGAGAUUCAUCGCCAGGAGCCAGGAGGGGGUGGGUUUAGUUGCCCAGGACAGGAAAUCUCUGACUCUGCCUGUGUCUCGUAAUAGAGCCAGUGUGCUGCAUACACGCCUCCAUCAGCUCGGAAGCCUGGAAAACGCGCACACUUUUAACCACUCGUAUUCCCAUGGCGACAGCGACGUGUGUAGCCAGUCUGUCUUGGAGGCCAAUGUGUCGACAGAAGUCUGUCUGACAGUUUUAGACACCCUCAGCAUCUUCAUCAUGGGCUUCAAGACACAGCUCAGUGCUGAUUUAGGACACAACCCUCUGAUGAAGAAGGUGGUCCAGGUGCAUCUGUGCUUCCUGCAGAUCCCCCAAUCAGAGACAGCGCUCAAGCAGGUCUUCACCUCACUACGCACAUUCAUCUACAAGUUCCCGUGCACGUUUUUUGACGGGCGGGCGGACAUGUGUGCCUGGCUGUGUUAUGAGAUCCUGAAGUGCUGUAAUUCCAAGCUCAGCUCCAUCCGCAGUGACGCUGCUCACCUGCUCUACUUCCUCAUGAAGAGUAACUUUGACUAUACCGGUCGCAAGUCCUUCGUCCGCACACACCUGCAGGUGGUGAUCGCGGUGAGUCAGCUGAUUGCUGACGUCAUCGGUAUCGGAGGAACGCGUUUCCAGCAAUCUCUGUCCAUCAUCAACAACUGCGCCAACAGCGACAAGACAGUAAAGCACACAGCCUUUCCGUCAGACGUGAAGGACCUGACGAAGCGGAUCCGCACGGUUCUCAUGGCGACGGAGCAGAUGAAAGAGCACGAGAAAGACCCGGAGAUGCUGGUGGACCUGCAGUACAGCCUGGCCAAAUCCUACACCAGCACGCCCGAACUGCGCAAGACCUGGCUGGACAGCAUGGCUCGCAUCCACGUGAAGAACGGAGACCUUUCCGAGGCAGCGAUGUGUUAUGUACAUGUGGCAGCACUAGUGGCAGAGUACCUGAGGAGGAAAGGCAUGUUCCGACAGGGCUGCACCGCGUUCCGCAUCAUCACGCCCAACAUCGACGAAGAGGCCGCGAUGAUGGAGGACGUAGGCAUGCAGGACGUGCAUUUCAAUGAGGAGGUGCUGAUGGAGCUGUUGGAGGAGUGUGCUGAUGGUUUGUGGAAGGCUGAGAGAUACGAACUCAUUUCUGAUAUCUACAAACUCAUUAUUCCCAUCUAUGAACAGCGCAGAGAUUUCGAGAAACUGGCACACCUCUACGACACAUUGCAUCGGGCCUACACAAAAGUCUUGGAGGUGAUGCACACGGGAAAGAGGCUUCUGGGAACCUUCUUCCGAGUCGCCUUUUUUGGCCAGGGCUUCUUCGAGGAUGAGGAUGGGAAGGAGUACAUCUAUAAAGAGCCCAAAUUCACUCCGCUCUCGGAGAUCUCCCAGCGUCUCCUCAAACUCUAUUCCGACAAGUUUGGCCCAGACAACGUCAAGAUGAUCCAGGACUCUGGCAGGGUGAAUCCAAAAGACCUGGAUUCCAAGUUCGCUUAUAUCCAGGUGACCCACGUCACACCCUACCUCGAGGAGAAGGAGCUGGAGGAGCGAAAAACCGACUUCGAGCGCUGCCACAACAUCCGCCGCUUCGUCUUCGAGACACCCUUCACGAUGUCGGGCAAGAAGCAGGGCGGCGUGGAAGAGCAGUGCAAGCGACGGACCGUGCUAACCACCACACACUGUUUUCCAUAUGUGAAGAAGCGGAUAGCUGUGAUGUAUCAGCACCACACAGACCUGAGCCCCAUUGAGGUGGCUAUCGAUGAGAUGGCAGCCAAGGUGGCGGAGCUCCGGGCCCUCUGCUCCGCUGCUGAGGUCGACAUGAUCCGUCUGCAGCUCAAACUGCAGGGCAGCAUUAGUGUCCAGGUCAACGCAGGACCUCUUGCUUACGCCAGAGCCUUCCUUGAUGACGCCAGCACCAAAAAAUACCCUGAUAACAAAGUGAAACAGCUCAAAGAGGUCUUCAGGCAAUUUGUGGAUGCCUGUGGCCAGGCGCUGGGUGUGAACGAGAGGUUGAUCAAAGAGGACCAGCAGGAGUACCACGACGAAAUGAAGGCUAACUACAGAGACCUGGCCAGAGAGCUGUCCAACAUCAUGCAUGAACAGAUUGUGACUGUCGAAGAUGGACUGAAGAACUCGCUCUCUGAUUCGCUGCACAUCUUCAACGCCAUCAGUGGCACGCCCCCUGUCACCACCCUGCACGGUGUCUCCAGCUCAUCCUCGACCGUGUGA